CAAUGGUCUAGACAACAAGCCGAUAAAUGUUUUUACUUGUUUGUUUGAUUUCUGAAAGAAGAAAAUAGACGAAAGAACAAAUAUCUUGCAUAAGUCACGAUGAUCUGGGGUGUGACCGACAACAGCUUUGUCUUGAGCAUGUACAUCAUCACAAUGAUGACAGGUCUUCCAGGCAACCUGUUGUCCCUCUAUGCCUUCAUACGAAAAGUAAAACAAGAGGUUAAACUGACUGACGUGCUCCUCCUCAACCUCAACAUCUCGGAUUUGAUUUUUCUCAUUUUCCUCCCCAUUCUCAUUAAAGCGACAGCUGAAAUGGAAUGGGGAAUGAGUUCCUACCUCUGUCCUCUGGCAACUUACAUCUUCUUGAUUAACAUCUAUAAUAGCACACUAAUCUUAACAGCUGUUAGUGUGGAACGUUAUCUGGGAGUCAUUUUUGCCAUCAAGUACAAACUCAAUCGGCAUCCUCGAUAUGCUGUGAUUACCAGUGUAAUCAUUUGGGUGAUCAAUUUGGGCCACUGUAGCAUUGUUUACUACAUGCAGUACAACUUUUCAGAUGGAAUAAAAGUUGGCCUUGAUCCAAUCAACCAUAACACCUGCUAUUGGCAGUUCACUGAGGACCAGCUAAAAAUCCUGUUGCCGGAGUGUCUAGGGAUCUCCAUAGUCUUUAUAUUUGUACCACUGAUAAUCUGUUGCUUUUGCUAUAUCAACAUCAUUCGUGCACUCUAUCAACUAGACAACAUCAAGCCCAGGAAGCGCUGCAGGGCCAUUGGGCUUGCCAUGUCCACCCUUCUGAUUUUUAUGAUUUGUUCCAUACCCUUCGGUGUGUCACAUGUGGAAGGUUACAUUAUAAAUUCUAGACCUAGUUGGCGUGUGUAUGCCCUGGUCUCCAGCAGCAUCAGUGUCAGUCUUGACACAAUUGUAUUCUAUUGCUCCUCUAAAGCACUGCGUAACACAUUUAUGGAUCAUAUACCAAGGCUCUUAAUGUGGCUGCAGCACUGUUGCAGAUGUUUGUUCACCGAUUCUGAUCACACCCAACAUGAAAGCACAAUCUUUGAAAACAAUUAGCCAUAAAAUAUAUACAGAUUUCAUAUAAGCACAUGUUUAUGCAGCAACCCUCUGCUGAGAAUUUUUGAGAAACUGACUCAGCAUCUCUAAUUGGUUUAAAAGCAGCUGAUCUCCUUGGAUUUCCACAUAAAACAGUCAAUGGAGUUAACACAGAAUGGAGCAAAAAUACAAAACAACUAAAACAACCGAGAAAACAGCAGCUGAAUGUCUGGAAAUGCUUUCUGAAUUGGAAAUGUCAGAGGAAUAUGGCCAGAGUACGUGGAGCUGACAGGAACCUACCAAUUAGCCAUUCUUUAUAACUAUCUCAGAAAACAGAGCACAAUCAAACUUGAGGUGGACAACAGCGGAAAACCCCAUCAGGCAAGAACAGGAAUCUGACUCGACAGUGGGCACUGA